GCGCGGAGUUGCCUUUUGAUAACGAUGCGUUAAAUCAGCGAUAACGAAUAAAUUUUGCGCCACAUCGACCAGACAUGUUGCUUAUUUAUCGAAAUAACAUCGUUGAACGAUUCGAUCGAAAACGCUAAAAGAGAAGUUUAAUUUUUUGUCGGACAAAACUCGACACGUGAUACUUUGAUGCCGCGUACGCCAACUAGCGCCAACUGCACGUGCAACAAAAAGUCUAGCGCAAGAAAAACGGCAAGAUUCUUGAUCCUGCUUGGUUCUGCGUGAUGAGGGUGAUCCGUGUAUACGCGAGCCGGAAAGUAUCGUUCGUUCUAACCGAAAACUUUACCGGUCUCGAUAUCACUCGGUCUGAGUAUUGCGCCGAAUGAAUGACUAAUUAGAUUCAGUGUGAGAUAAAAAUGCCACAAUUGUGGUUUUUCACGAAUUGCCUCACACAUGUUUUUCACUGCCACUUUGUCGUCGUUUCAUGACCCUUCUACGAAACCACCAUUCACAUUUGUAUAUCGUUUUUCACAGACUGAGUUUGUGGACUGUGGUUUGUUGUUUUUGUACUGAAGAAUAUUUCACACAAAAAUGGAUCCAAAGAAACCUACAAAAGGGCGUGGGCAAGGUUCCCUUGUUGAGAUGAUGAGGAGGCGGCAAGAAGAACAGAUCGCUUCUCGUGCACUAGUACAUUCGUUGGAAACACCAUCGUCUGCGGAACAAACGAGAUCACUCGAAGAAUCCAAUCAAAGUUCCAUCAGUACAAAUGUGUCUUUGGGUCGUGGACGCGCAAGUUUAGCCUCCAAACUAUUAGAAACUUUAGGCAAUAGAGAUAUAGAGCCUGCUGGAUUACCACCACCACGUGCAAUAAGUCGUGGAAGAGGUUUUGUUCAGCAUUUGUCACCACCAGGACAAUAUGAAGAGGCAGGACCAAGCAGGGAUUCUCGCUCGGAAUCAAGUGCGCCUAUGCACACAGAAAUAGAAGGAGUUUUGGGAAAACUCUCGGAUAUCUCUGUAUACGACAAUCCUGUUACAGAGGAUAUCCCAAGUAAAGAAAGCAAGGUCACUGAGCCAGUAUGUCGACAAGGAACUAGCGGGCAAAGGAUAAACUUGUUCACAAAUUACAUCGACCUGAAAGCAGAUCCUUCAAUGCGGUUGUAUCAAUAUGAUGUGCAAUUUGUGCCAGAUAUUGCAUCGCAACAUAUACGUCGUAGAUUAUUAAAUCAACAUUCAGAAAGCUUAGGAACAACAAAAGUAUUCGAUGGCUUACAACUUUUCUUACCAAUUAAAUUGCCACAAGAGAACAUACAAUUCAAGUCACUACAUCCGGAUGGAUCGGAAGUAACACUGCAAGUUUUUUACAGAAAAACACAAAAAAUGAACGAAAAUGUACAGUUUUUCAAUAUUCUGUUUAAUCGUGUUAUGCGCGGGCUCGAUUUGGUUCGUAUAGGUCGACAAAGCUUCAAUCCGAGCGGCACACACAAAUUCGACAGUCAUCGAUUAGAAGUGUGGCCCGGUUAUGUAACUGCUGUAAAUGAGUACGAAGGUGGUUUGAAGUUGUGUAUAGAUAUUAAACACCGAGUAUUGCGAACGGAAACUAUACGCGAUCUGAUCGCCGAGUUCUGGAAUAUGGACAAGACUAAUUACAGAGAAAGAGCAAUGAAUGAAAUUAUUGGCACAAGUGUAUUGACUCGAUAUAACAACAAAACAUACCGUAUAGAUGACAUUGCCUGGGAUAAAUCACCAAAAUGUACAUUUAUGAGAAACGGAGAGGAAAUAUCCUUAAUAGACUAUUACAAAGAACAGUGGAAGAUAGAGAUUUACGAUUACAAUCAACCUCUUCUGGUACAUCGUGAAAACAUUAAAACACCAACUGGCGAGAAACAGGAAAGAUUGACGCUUCUGGUGCCAGAAUUUUCAUACGCUGCUGGUCUCACAGACAGUAUUCGUUCCAAUUAUAAAAUCAUGAGAGAAUUAAGCACCGUUACGAAAACGUCGCCCAGUUUCCGUCGACAACAAAUCCAAAAGUUUAUAAAAGAAAUUCAGACGAAACCAAUUACGCGAGACAUUCUCGCGGAAUGGGGUCUGCAAUUAAACGAUGAUGUCGUUCGACUUAAAGCGAGACGUCUCGAUCCGGAAGAAAUUGUGUUCGGCAGGAACAAUACGAUCAGACUGACACAUGACAAACCAUCAGAUUGGAACAACAUCGCAGUGAAAUCUCCAGUGUUACGUGCUAUUUCUUUGAACAACUGGCAUAUAAUUUACUGGAAAAGAGAUAAUAGGAAUGUGACCGAUUUCGUGAAAAUGAUAAUGAGUAUCGUAAGCGCGGUUAAAAUACAAUUUACUUCUCCCAAAACGAUUGAGUUAAACGACGAUAAAAUCGAUACGUACUUACGAGCGAUUACGAGUAGCAUCGAAUCAGGCGUGCAAAUGGUAGUGAUCGUGUUUUCCACAAAUCGCUCAGAUCGAUAUUCGGCGGUAAAGAAAUUGUGCUGCGUAAGAAAAGGCAUACCAUCCCAAGUGAUCAUAUCGAAAACAAUUUCGAAUCCAGGAAAGUUGAAAAGUGUGACAGAAAAGAUAGCGCUUCAAAUGAACUGUAAAUUGGGAGGAGCACUUUGGACAGUAAAAAUGCCAUUGCGAAACAGCAUGAUAUGCGGUAUAGAUGUUUAUCAUUCUGGUACCGGAGGACCGGCAAAAAAGAGCGUUGCCGGAUUUGUUGCAAGUAUGGACAGCCAGUUGACUAAAUGGCACAGCAGAAUCUGCAUACAGGCCAGUAAGCAGGAGUUAGUGGACAUGUUGCAAAUGUGUCUCAUUUCGUCCCUUAAUGCGUACAAAAAGUAUAACGGGUGCAAUCCGGAACGUAUAUUUAUAUUCCGAGAUGGAGUGGGCGACGGCGAUUUGGAUUAUGUCGAAAACUACGAAGUGAAGCAAUUGAAAGCGACGUUUCACCGUAUCGCGCCAGAUUAUAAUCCACAACUUAGCAUGAUCGUCGUUCAAAAGCGUAUCAACACGCGAUUCUUCGCUCCUGAUAAUAAAAAGCAGAACGAGUUGACGAAUCCGUCGGCAGGGACCAUUGUUGAUUCCUGCGUGACGCGACGUAAUUAUUACGAUUUUUUCCUAAUACCACAAAAUACUCGAGAAGGUACAGUAACACCAACACACUACAUCGUUCUCCACGAUACAUCCAAUAUGGAACCCGACCACAUGCAACGAUUGACGUAUAAACUGUGCCACUUGUACUACAAUUGGCCCGGAACGAUACGUGUGCCCGCUCCCUGCCAGUACGCACACAAACUCGUGUCUUUGGUCGGACAGAACAUUCAGAUCGAACCGCAUCAUUCUCUUUCGGAUCUUUUGUACUACCUGUAAUCGGUUCUUUUUUUUUUUUCCCCGAUGUGUUAAUUCCAUCUCUUUACAUAUCUCUUUUUCUCUCUCUUCUUUACAAGCGGAGACAUCUCUAUAGAUAUUUAGUAUAGUUAAGUUUACAUAGUAGAUACUUUGUGUGAUGAUCACGAUGUAUCAAAUGUUCAUAUAUACACAUAGUUAUAAGAACUGUUACCAAAGAUUAUGAAGAAAAAAAAAGAAAAAUAGUAGGAGACUAUCAAGUAUUCCGUUCAUGCACUUGGUGUGUCUCCGCGUAGAUAUUUUUGUUUGUACCUUCACGUAGCUCUUUUGUGACGAUUAAGAUUACAUAAUGGUGCGUUUAGACCGGCGUGACUGUUAACGAUACAAAAACAAGUGCAUAUUGCCAUCAAGAAACUAAUACGCUAUUCAUCUAUUCGUAAAAAAAUGUUUACGCGUGAUUAGCUCAAAUUCGUCGGACAGAUCACGCAUCAUCCGGCGCAGAAUUUUUAAUAAGAUGUGUUUACGAAAAUUUGCCGGUCUGAAGGCAGCCCAACGGUUCGAACUUGCAUAUGUGUUAACUCUAGGAAGUACUCUUUGUAUUUAGCCCUCGAGUAAUGCUAAUGCAAGUUUCUUCCCAACAAGAAUAGCAUAGAAGAACGGAUUUUUUAAGUUAUAAUUUUGCAUAUGUAGCUAAAGUGGAACAAACAGAAAGUAUUUUUUUCUUUUUCUGCUUUAACCAACAAGAGUUUGAACUUGUUUUGGUUACAAAUAUUCUAGAUUUGCGUCAGUAUUUAUAUAUGUAUAACGGAAUAACUUCAGAUGCUCCGUUGAAACAAGUUUAAAAAGCUUUAUUUUUUUUACUUUUGUUAUCGUAAAAAAUAUCUUUUGUAACACACAAAAAGAGAGAGAGAGAAAGAGAGAGAAGAGGAGAGAACAACACACAUUAUAUAAUUCUUUACUGAAUCUUAUCAGUACUAUGAUAUAACUUUUUGUUUUAGUUUUUUACAAUUUUCAUUUUUUUAUAAUAAAAAGAAACUUAGUCUCUAUGUGAUUUUCAACUAUUCCUAUUAUUACUAUUUUAAUGAUAUAAUGCAUUUCUUUUUACAAUAAAAGUAUUUUACCACACUUCACAAUUUAACUUCAAAAAUUGUUGAGAUUGUGAAAAUUUUUUACAAAAAUUAGUUUUGCAUGUAGACAAGAAAGUGUCUAUUACAAUUAAAGAUAGAGAAUAAAAGACUAAAAGUUUAUAAAGACCUAAGAAAGUAGUAAAGAAAAUAAUAAUAAUAAUAAUAAUAACAAAACCAACAACAAUACUAUAUAUGAAUAGUAAAUUCGAAAACUAUAUGUAAUAUUUCACGAAGAAUAUUUCUUAGAUCUAUAAGGCUGUGGAAGUGCAAUUAUAUACUAAAAAAUUAUCAAGAUACAAAAACAGAUUCCACUAUAUGACAACUGAAUUAUAUCAAGAUAACUAACUAUAUAUUUGAGACAUCUAUGUAUAUAGACAUUCGUUACUAUACAUACAUGUAAUAAUAUU